AUGAUUAAAAAUUUAGCUAUUGUUAUGUGUAUUACGAUGGUUAAUUCCAUAACAUUAAAUCUAAAUGAGAUUUGUUAUUGUUCUCAACUCAUCUAAGAAUGGGAUUGUAAUGACUCUCUUUAGGGGUGCAUUUGGGAUAGUAAAUCUCAAGUAUGCCAAGAAAUUCCUUGUUCAGAGCUCUCUUUGCCUAAAUUUUGUUAAAUGUAACCAUAGAGAUGUUAUUGGAAUUAGAAUAUUGGUUGUUUAAACUUUACUGAUUGUUCUAGUCUUAAAGGAUCAUCUUAAUCUAGUUGUAUCGAAUAAAACAUUUAUUGUCCUGCUUCAAAUGGAACAAAUUGUUAAUCUAUAAAUUAUCUCUAAACUUGUUCAUCAAUUACUACACCAGAUAAUUGUAACAAUUACUUUUCAGCUACAGGAUUAUGUAUGUGGAAUGGAAAAAACUGUAUAUAAGCUACGUCUUGUUAAUAACUUUGGAGUAAUUCGACUCCUUCUUGUGAUUUUAGAGGAUGUUAUUUGAACAACGAAACACAAUAAUGUUUACCAAAAAUUUGUUCUCAGAUUUAAAGUGAAUUGUAAUGUUAUGGAAUAUUAACAUUUGGACCUUAUUUAAAUAAUGUUAUUGGAUGCUUUUGGAAUUACUAAUUAAAUGGAUCAUCUGGAUGUCAAGAAUUUUCACCUUAAUUAGUGAUGUAUGCUAAUUGUGAUGAUUCUAGCCUAGGAACUUAUCAUUGGAAUAGUAACAAAGAAUAGGGACAGUGUGUUCCUUGCUUUUAAAAAUUGUUGUUUCUAUCCAUUGUUAUAACAAUAUUAUUUUGA